AUGAAGGUCGCCACGAUCGCUGCCGCCGCCUCUGCGGCUCUUCCUCUCGCUUCCGCUCGCCCUGCUCAGAGCAACAGCGAUGACAGUGAGUCUGAGAACCCCUGCAAUUGCAGUCCCACCGCUGAUGUUAUAUCGCAGUUCCAAUCUCUACCACCACCUCAACUACUACGCAGACGUUUUACACUCAUACUUCGACGUCUACUGGUGGCCAGGUAACCGAUACGAGCACUGUCUUCGUCACCGACUUCGCUCCUCACCACGGAACUGGUACCAAGCACCGACACUCCACGACGUGGACAGGUCCGGAAUACACGUCUACUUGGACUGAGACUGUUCAUGAUGCCUGGGGUACCAACAAGAUCUUGUCCGAUGGUGCGACCAUCUAUCCACCCAUCGUACCCACUGGCAACUACGACACUACUGUGUUCCUCUACUACACCGUCAGUGCUCCCGCCUGGGGCAUGCAGGACAGCUCGGUUAUGCACACGAUCAAGACUCGCUCUGUUGGGUCUACUGAAUGGGGCGAUGACGAUGAGUCUACUACCACACCAACUCCAGCGAGCACCAGCCUGCAUGUAGUCACCGCUCACGCCGUGCCCACAGUCACUACGUCGCUGCGUGUAGUCACUGCGCACCCAGUCCCUUCGUCGAAGGUAUCUUCGGACGACGGAGAGGACUCCUCUGACGACGACUACACUUCUACGACCUCCACCGGGCGGUCGAGUCGCUUGCACCUCUUCAACCAGAUCAUCGCGACGACUGCUACUCCAGUGGAGACCCCACCCACGAUUGGACAAGUCAGCAACCCAUCCGUCGUCACCGCAUUCCCUGCAGACGUCACCCUCACCAUCAGCAAUGCUGAUACGACCACUUUGGUGAGCUCCGUAGCAACUGCUCUCGUGCUUGCCGCACCCAGCCAGAUCGCCAAUGCAUCUGCAAAUGCGACGACAAUGGUCGUUGCUGAGACUAUUUUGGUCCCAGCUAACACGUCCGUCCCAAAUGGUGCUGUCCCUCCAUUCCUCAACUCUACCGUGCCCGCGACCGCCACUUCGGCCGUCCCACCCUUUGCAAACAGCACUUCUGUAGACCCUGCGGUUGCAGGCAGUUUCGUCGCAUCGCUGGGCACGGGCAUCCCUUCCACUACCAGUGCGCUUGCGCCGUUCGCAGAUAGCACUGCUGUUGAUCCAGCUGCCCAAGCAACGUCCACUGCGCAGGCUUCACUUGGAACAGGCAUCCCAUUGACAUCAGCUGGCAUUGCACCAUUUGCAAACACUACCUCUGUCGUACAGCCCUUCUUUGGUACUGGCGUUCCGCUGAGCACCGGCGUUCAGUCUGGUCCUGCUCCAUUUGCGAACAGCACACCCAUUGCUCAGCCCUCUUUCGGUACUGGCGUUCCGCUGAGCACCGGCGUUCAGUCUGGUCCUGCUCCAUUUGCGAACAGCACAUCCAUUGCUCAGCCCUCUUUCGGUACUGGCGUUCCACUGAGCACCGGCGUUCAGUCGACUCCUGCUCCAUUUGCGAACAGCACAUCCGUUGCUCAGCCCUCUUUUGGUACUGGUGUGCCGCUGGGCACCGGCGUUCAGUCGACCCUUGCUCCAUUUGCGAACAGCACAUCCGUUGCUCGGCCCUCUUUUGGUACUGGCGUCCCGCUGAGCACCGGCGUUCAGUCUGGUCCUGCUCCAUUUGCGAACAGCACAUCCGUUGCUCAGCCCUCUUUUGGUACUGGUGUGCCGCUGGGCACCGGCGCUCAGUCGACCCUUGCUCCAUUUGCGAACAGCACAUCCGUCGACCCAGCUGCUGCGGCUACCUUCAGGCCAGCUGUAUCCCUUGGAACUGGUUUACCCAUUGUGUCGAAUACUGCUGGACCGUUUGCCAACACCUCAUCCUUCGUCCCAGCUGCUGCAGCAACCUCCAGUGCGCCUGUGUCCUUCGGUACUGGGCUGCCAAAUCCCGCCUCGAGCGCUGCUGGACCAUUUGCCAACAGCUCCUCUUUCGACCCAGCGGCUCUUGCGACAUCCAGCGUACCAGUUUCGCUGGGCACUGGCCUCCCCGCCGCCUCCUCGAGCGCUGCCGGACCAUUCGCCAACAGCUCCUCCUUCGAUCCAGCCGUCGUUGUGGCCUCGAGCACCCAAGCGCCGCUUGGUACUGGAGUUGCCUCCAACAUUGCUCACUCGAGUCUUAUGCCUUUCGUCAACGCUACCUCCGCCCAGCAGACAGCCACCGUCACGCAGACUAUGAUGAUUACUCUAUCACUCAACGCCUCUUCGCUCUUGGCAUCGUCUACACCCGCGCCGUUUGCCAACAGCUCAUCCGUUGCCCCCACCCAGACUGUGAUGGUCACGAUGACAGCUUCAACCAGCUCCACCAACUCCGCCUCCAGCAGCUCAAGCGUCCCAAGCAGCGUCGCACCUCAGACGGCUACCGUCACAAGAACUGUCAUGGUCGACUCAGCUCAUAACAGCACCUCUCUCCUGGCGCAGACAUCGCCCUCAUCCGCCGCGGACCCAGGUGUCUCAAGCAACUCAUCUGUCGGCGCGUCGACCGUGACAAAGACUGUCUUCGCUACCCUCACUGCCCAGGCUAGCUCAUCAUAUGCUGCUCCCCAAACCGUGUCUGUUGUGCACACGGUGGUUUCUCACGAGACCCAGACCCUCACCGUCACCGAGGCAUGUCAGACUUGCGCGGAUGGAAAGACAACUUAUGUCUCUACCUCGCUUUGCCCAACUGCGACACAUGUUGUGCCACACGUGCCCAUGACCACCUACCCAGCCACCUACUUUACCACCACACAUUUCUCGACAUGGACCAGUAUCUGCACGGACGAGCCAACGCCAGAAACUCAUACCUUCGUUGACACCAUCUGCCAGACUUUCACCGUGCCAGCUUCAACUGGUCCAGUGUACGCGAGACCAGGAAUGCCAACUAUGAUGCCGCGAGCCAAGCGCAACGUCGAGGACCACACGUAUGGCCCACCUUCGCCUCCAGAGCACACUUAUGCUCCACCUCCACCUCCAGUGCGGCACACCCACUCCACGGUCUGGGCGACAUCGUGCGAGACCAAGUCGGAGACGACACACACUCAUGUCAUUCCGUACAAGACCACCAGCUGUGAGGUGACCUCUACCCCACCGCCUCCGUCACCACCGAAGCCAACAACUUAUCCCAAGCCGUAUGAAUCAAAGUACACCACAUAUCCAAAGCCACCCAAGCCGAAGCACACAACAUACCCUCACCCACCACCAAAGAAUGCGACCACGACUCCCUGUCCAUCUUCUGUUCCAAGCACCUUCCAUACGAAGAUCACGACGACCAAGAUGGAGAAUCAGACGACCACGAUCUUCAAGCACUCCUCUCCCACCCCCUGCCCAAGCUCCACCUCCGAGAUGAAGACCACCAAGCCACCAAAGGUCACGUCCUCCCAGCCCGUCUCAACGCAGGUCCCAAGCUCUCCGUCUAAGAUGGGCAGCAUUCCGCCACAGAACACGACCAGCUCAGCGCAUGUUAAGACCACGUCCAAGGUCACUCAGGAGACCAUCAUCUACAAGACCAAGCCUCAGCCAGCUCCUUCUCAGCCUCCAGCAUACCACCCUUCUGCUCAGCAACCAAGCUCGCCUGCGUCGCCAAAUACUCCUAAUGGGCCAGCUACCAGCGCGGCUCCUCCGCAAACUCCAGGGUCGACCGCUCAGCCAGCUCUUUCUCAGCCUCCUGCUCAGCAACCAAGCUCGCCUGCGUCGCCAAAUAUUCCCAGUGAACCAGCUACCAGCGCGGUUCCUCCGCAAAUUCCAGGGUCAUCCGCUCAGCCACCCCAGCAGAAGCCAACCAGUAAGUCUUCCACCGUCCUUUUGCUCACAUUUCCCAGUUGACACUGUGUUUGUAGUACCUGCUAAACAGUUCAGCUCCGCCGCAGUACCCCCAUCCAGCAAGUCAUCCACCACCGUCCCCGCCAAGUCAGCCGGAGUGCCACCAUCUAAAUCCUCUCCCAUUCUGCCCUCCACCCCUGUAGUUCCCUACAAGGGCGCCGCCGGUCAGAAUCCGGCGGGUGGAGCCAUUACCUCGACCUUCGCCCUGCUUCCGAUCGCUCUGUUCAUUCUCUGGUAA